AUGCCAGGGUGGCUCAAUUUCUGGGGAAAUGCCAGUGUCCAACAGGUGGAUUUGGAGGUCCACUUCUUGUACCAGUACUCCCUGCAGUUCUUCCUGGAGAUCUUCCAUGCGGUGUUGAAGAGUCAGAAGCUGGGAGGAGUGAAGGAGUACGGCAGCAGGCUGGCCAUAAUUACACAGGAACUCUUCCAGGACACGUACAGCCAUGUGGGUCGAGGCAUGCUACACGAGGACAGGAUCACGUUUGCCAUCCAGCUGGCACGUAUCUACCUGAAGGGUCUGCAGAGCGAGUCCACAUAUGACCAGGAGUUCCAUCAGUUCUUGAGGAGUCAGGAGACCCUCCUCACCGGCCGUCUACCUGCCCCAAUACAGGGCCUCACUCAGUCACAGCAAGAAGCGCUGGUGAGGUUGUCCCAGACCAAGCAGUUUAAGAAAAUUAUUGAUGAAGUGAAAGGAAAUGUGGAGCUGCAGGCCUGGUUGGAGAGUGCCAGCCCAGAAACAGACAUACCCCAGCUGUGGACUGAAGAGAAAGAACUAACGCCCAUCGGCAAGGCUGUCAAUGGACUACUGGUGGUACAGGCACUAAGACCGGAUCGUCUCACAUCCAUGGCGAAAAUCUUUGUGGAGAAAGUGCUUGGAUCUACCUUCGCACAUGCUGCUGAUAAAGAGCUGGAUCUCGCAGAAAUUGUGGAGAACGAGAUCAAGGCCAAUACGCCAGUAUUGAUGUGCUCAGUACCUGUAUAUGAUGCUAGCGGCAGAGUGGAUGAUCUGGCUACAGAGCUGGGCAAGCAGCUCACAUCCAUUGCCAUUGGUUCUGCCGAAGGCUUCACGCAGGCAGACAAGGUGAUCAACUCCUCCAGCAAGUCUGGCCGCUGGGUGAUGCUGAAGAACGUGCACCUGGCGCCCCAGUGGCUGGUCCAGCUCGAGAAGAAGCUGCACAACCUCACGCCCCACCCGGCCUUCCGGCUGUUCCUCACCAUGGAGAUCAACCCCAAGCUGCCUACCAACUUGCUGCGUGCAGGCCGCGUGUUCACGUUUGAGCCCCCACCAGGUGUCUCUGCUAACCUGCUGAGAACCUUCAGCACUAUUCCUGCUACCAUGAUGUGUAGGGAGCCCAAUGAGCGUGCACGGCUGUACUUCCUGCUGGCCUGGUUCCACGCCAUUGUGCAGGAGAGGAUGCGAUACAUGCCCCUGGGCUGGGCCAAGAAGUACGAGUUCACUGAGUCCGACCUCAAGGUGGCCUGCGACAUGCUUGAUACCUGGAUAGACAACAGUGUGGCAUUGGGUCGAACCAAUCUGCCCCCUGAGAAAGUGCCCUGGGAUGCCAUCAAGACCCUGCUGUCACAGUGCAUCUACGGUGGCAAGAUUGACAACAACUUUGACCAGCGGCUACUGAGUUCAUUCAUUGACAAGUUGUUCUCACCAAAGAGCUUUGAGGGAGACUUCACCCUGGUGGCUAGCCUGGGGGAGGGCUUAGGCAAAAAGAUAUCCAUGCCUGACAGCAUCAGGCGUGAGGAGUUUGUAGCAUUCUCAGAACACCUGGAGGCUGACAGACAGACACCGUCCUGGCUCGGUCUGCCAAACAAUGCAGAGAAAGUGCUGCUCACCACUCACGGCUCAGACAUGUGUGCUAAACUCAUGAAGGUUGAGUUGCUGGAGGAUGAUGAUGAGCUGGUGACCCUGAGUCCUGAUGAUGACGAGAAACGAGUGGUAGACGGGCGACCGGACUGGAUGAGAACCCUGCACACCUCUGUGAAGACAUGGCUGGACCUCGUACCCAAGGGAUAUGAAGAAGUGACUGUUGGAGCCAUGAAGAGGACCAUUGAGAACAUCAAGGACCCCCUUUUCCGAUUCUUCGAGCGCGAGGUUAACCUGGGUGGUCGGCUGCUAGGCGAUGUUAGGCGGGACCUUGCCGACGUGCUACAGGUGUGUGUGGGAGAGAAGAAGCCAACCAAUCCCAAUCACCAUAGAAACAUGAUGGCAGACCUUGCUAAAGGUAUGAUCCCCGAGUCGUGGCGCAGGUACACGGUGCCGUCUGGGAUCACGGUGAUCCAGUGGAUCACAGACUUCAGUCAGAGGAUCAAACAGCUGCAGGCUGUGGUCCAAGUUGCUCAAGGAGGGGCCAAGGAACUCAAGAACCUGCAAGUGUGGCUGGGAGGCCUGUUCAUUGCUGAGGCCUACAUCACAGCCACAAGACAGUUUGUUGCCCAGGCUUACAGCUGGUCCCUUGAGGAACUACAUCUCGAUGUGAAUGUGACAGAUGGUAAGUCUGGUUCCCUGGAUGCAUGCAGUUUCUGUGUGACUGGCCUCAAGCUGCAGGGAGCUGUGUGCAAGCAGAACAAGCUGCAACUGUCCUCCACCAUCUCCACAGACCUGCCUCUUACCCUGCUCAGAUGGGUCAGGCUGGACAGCAUUGAGGGUGGGAAGGAUGUCAAGGUCACCCUGCCAGUGUACCUGAAUGCCACCCGGGCCCAGCUUCUGUUCACACUGGACUUGGCCACAGAGGGUCAGGGAUCCGGCAAGGAUCACAGCUUCUAUGAGAGGGGAGUGGCAUUCGUGACCUCUGACCUGGGAUAGAACGUUGUCAUGGUUACCGCAGACAGAUUUCUGAAGUUAUGGAUUAUAUUUGGUUUAUUAACUUGCUGAUAUUUACUUUUGUGAACUUUUAACAACAAGCAAUAUUGCUCCUCGGAUUGCAGUGUUAAUUAUUAGUACCAACUUUUCUGCUAGCAGUUACAAAGUCAGCAUACACUUUGGAUUUCAGUGUAUGAUAUUAACUUGACUUUAAACAUUUUUAAAAAAGAAGAAAAAAAGCUAUGUACACUUUGGAUUUCAGUGUCUUCUGCAAGCAAUUACAAAACAUGCUAUAACUUUUCAUUGCAGUGCUAAUUGAUAUAACACUACAUUUUACAAAAUAUACUUGGGAUUUUAUUUUGCUAACUUUAUGAACUUAAUUAUAUAAACAUUGUGGAAAAAGGUAGUGGUAAGAACAAAAAACUGUCAGUUUAUUUUAAUGUGCUUCUGUUGUGUAAUGUGCUUUUGAUUGUGCAAGUGAUUACUUAAUUGGCUUAGUAUUUUUUUGUUUCCUCUCACUUACUGCCACUGAUUGUUUUGUCAGUUUAUCAUGCUCUGUAUUAUACAUGUAUUUAAAAUUAAAUUGUCCUUAGAAAUUUCCCAAAAUACUUAUUCUCCCUUUAAAGAAUAAUAACAUAGUUUUGUUCUUUGAUAAAUGUUUAUUUAUACUAAUUACAUUGUUUAAGAAUAAAACCUAUUCAAAUAAUAUGUACAUCCAUAUACAAACGUAUAUCCCUCUGUCAAUUAUACAUCUUUGUUUCAGUUAUAUUUUCUUAUCAACUUUUGUCGAUCUUUAAUCUUAAUGUUCUUUACAAUUCUGGGUUUAAAUAUUCGAAAAUGAAUGCAUUUUAAAUAAAUGCGAAUGUACAUGGAAACAUGAUAUUUUAUAGGUAACUUUUAUAAAUUAUUCCUUUCACCAAACUUUUGAUUGAAUAAUGUUUACUAGUAAAUUAAAUGGCAUCAAAAGAAUUGUUAAUGAUAAUUGCAACAUCUACAUAUAAAUGCACACCUUGUAUGGUUGGCUAUUCUGGAAUAAACUUUUUUGGCUGCUUA